CUCGCCUUACAGUUCCUGUGACGUUCCCGGAGUUUGUUUACGUCCCUCUCAGACCUAGCGCCUGGCUUCUCCAUCUCGGACUCCAAGAUGGGGAAGUCGUUCGCCAAUUUCAUGUGCAAAAAGGACUUUCAUCCUGCGUCCAAAUCCAACAUCAAGAAGGUAUGGAUGGCAGAACAGAAAAUAUCAUAUGAUAAAAAGAAACAAGAAGAAUUAAUGCAACAGUACCUUAAAGAACAAGAAUCAUAUGAUAACAGAUUGCUUAUGGGAGAUGAGCGUGUAAAGAAUGGCCUGAAUUUCAUGUAUGAGGCCCCACCAGGAGUUAAAAAAGAAAAUAAAGAGAAAGAAGAAACGGAAGGAGAGACAGAAUACAAGUUUGAAUGGCAGAAAGGUGCUCCAAGAGAAAAAUAUGCCAAAGAUGACAUGAACAUCCGAGAUCAGCCCUUUGGUAUUCAGGUUCGAAAUGUCAGAUGUAUUAAAUGUCACAAGUGGGGUCACGUGAACACAGAUCGAGAAUGUCCCUUGUUUGGUCUUUCUGGAAUCAAUGCAAGUUCUGUUCCUACUGAUGGCUCAGGGCCGUCGAUGCACCCCUCGGAGCUAAUAGCGGAGAUGAGAAACAGUGGGUUUGCACUGAAACGAAAUGUACUGGGAAGAAACUUGACCGCAAAUGAUCCAUCACAGGACUAUGUCGCGAGUGACGGUGAAGAAGACCCUGAAGUUGAGUUCUUGAAGUCGCUGACAACCAAACAGAAGCAGAAACUACUCAGGAAAUUGGAUAGACUUGAAAAGAAAAACAAGAAAAGGAAAAGUGAUAAGAAAAAGAAGAAGUUACAGAAGAACAGAAGUAAACACAAAAAACAUAAAAACAAAUCCCCUUCCUCCUCCUCCUCCUCCUCCUCCUCCUCCUCCUCCUCCUCCUCCUCCUCCUCCGACACUUCAGAAAGCAGCAGGGAGAGUGACAGCAAGGAAAAGAGAGAGAAGGAGAAGAGGAAGAAAAAGAAGAAAACCACAAGUUCAGGAAGUAAAGCUAAUGACUCUAAAGAGGAUAAGUCUAAGAACAAACUUCAUGAAGAACUUUCUAGCAGUCACAGUGACAGAGGAGAAGCCAAGGAAAAAUUAAGGCUUCUAAAACGAGAGAGUUUUGGGGAGAAUAGCAAAGACGUCCAUUCCGGUUCUGACCGAAAGUCCAGAAGCCAUCGUCAUAGUCCAGAGAAGAAAGGGUCUGAGAGAAACGGGGGAGUCCGAAGUCACCGCAGGGCUGAGAGCAGCAGGAGAAGCCGGAGCAGGAGUCCUGGUGGUCAUAGGCAAAGGGAGAGGAGGAACUGGCCACAGUGGAGUCCUAAUGAAGAGCAGAACAGAAGAAAAGACACCAGAAACCAUGGUGACGGUGAAUACAGAAGAGAGAGUGCACGGUGAGCACCCAGGAGGUGGAGGGGCAGCUGCCUGGAAAAAGGACUCCAUUUUCUUACUGAAGGUCUUCAGCAAGGCCUCACUUGCACAUUAUUAUCUAAUAAAAAAGAGUCUCUUAAUUUUCCAUCUCCAUAAACUGUCAUUUCAAGUGUGACAGCACCUGAGUACCACAAGGCUGAGUUUGCAGGCAUUUGUAGGGACUCUGUUUAGAGGAUAGAGAGUUGUCUCCAUUGGUAGCUGUUUCUUAUACCUUGUACCAGAUUUAAAAUAUGUAAGUCAUUGUGAUUUUGUUGUUUUGAAAUACCAUUAAAACAGUGACAACCUUGAAUGAUUAUCAAUUCAAAUUUGUUAUUUUAAGACUUGAGUUUCCUUGAAGCAAAAUGUAAUUGAUGAAAUUCAGUAGGGUGAAUAAAACACUGGGUAUUGACCAGUAUUUCCUUAA